AUGGGCAUCUCGUCCGGCGAGCAGUACAACCGCAAUCUCACACUGGGUGUCGUGACAACAUGUCUCAUCCUUUCCGUCUUUUCGUUUGUCUUCCGGCUGUUUGCUCGCACACGGUCGGCGGCCAAGCUGUGGUACGAUGACUACUGGAUGUGUUUUGUCAUGGUCUUGUGCUUUGCCAUGUCGGCCGGCGACUACACGGGUCUCGCCUUUGGCUCGGGCCAGCACCAGGCUGAUCUUCCCGUCGAAGAGUUUACUUCGUUCCUCAAGAACCUCUACGUCUACAUGAUCCUGUGGGCGUGCGGCGUGUUCUCCGUCAAAGUCGGCAUCCUGCUCUUUUACUGGCGUGUGUUCCCAACCCACUCGUUCCGUAUCGGCGUCGUCUGCGUCGCGUGCCUGUCCACCGGCAUUUUCUUGGGCAACUUCUUCUCGUUCGCGCUGCAGUGCCUUCCCGUCUCCCUCUUCUGGGACGAGACAGUCAAAGGCAAGUGCAUCAACCAGAACGCCUUCUAUCUCGCCUCGGCCAUUAUCAACGUCAUCGGUGACGUCGCCGUUCUGUUCCUGCCCAUCCCCGUCGUUUGGGGCCUCCACACCUCGCGCAGCAAAAAACUGUCUCUCAGUUUCCUCUUCUUGCUCGGCGCCUUUGUUUGUGUGGCCAGCAUCUUUCGCAUUCUCGCCGUCAAGGAAAUCGACCCCACCGACUUUACGUAUUCGAAUGUCGGCGGCGGUCUCUGGUCGACCGUCGAGGUCGAGAUUGGUUUUAUCUGUGCCAACCUGCCUGCUCUGCGCCCGCUGCUGGCCCGCUGGCUCGGCCGCGGCGGCGGCAGCAGCAGUGGCGGCAACUCGGGCUACGGCGCCUACGGGUCGGGCGGACGCGGCGCAGGCACCGGAGGAGGCGCAGGCGCCUCGGGCUACGGCAUGCACAGCAAGAUCAGCGCCAGCCGCAGCGGGCGCAUGCCGCUGGGCAGCAAGAACGGCGACCGGGACGUGGAGCUGAUGUCACAGGGCAACGGCUCGGACGAGAUCAACCUGACAAAGGGCGGCCGGCCGGGAACGUCGGGCAGCGACGGCAUGGGCAGCGACAGCAACACCAACACGAACUUGUCACACGGGCCGAACCAGGCGCACGGCGGCGUAGCGCCACACGUGACAGCCAGCCACGGCGUCGACAGCGGCGGGUACGGCGGCAACGGAAUCCGCGUCAAGACGGAGGUGAAGAUGACCGUGGACGAGUGGUCGCAGCCGGUGGACAAGAAGCGCGGCAACACGUUUGCGCCGGCAGUGUGA